CCUGUGUGCUCAUGACCACCCAGCCUCCAGAGGAAGCCUUCUGCAACCUGGACUCAGGAGGUUUACCGGUGGUCCAGCUCUACGUGAUGCCGUCCUUCUUCCUGGCGGUGCUGAUCCUCGGGCUUCCCCUCAACCUGCUCUCCCUCUGGGUUUUCUUCCACCGGCUGCGGCGCUGGACCCGCAGCACGGUGUUCCUCUUCAACCUGACCCUGGCCGACACCUCGUGGCUGCUGGCCCUGCCGUACCUCAUCCACUUCCACCUGGACCACCUGUACUGGCGGCUGGGGCUGCCGCUCUGCAUCGGUGUGAGGAUGCUCUACCACAACUACUUCUACCUCAGCAUCUUCUUCGUCACGUGCAUCAGUGUGGACCGCUACCUGGCCAUCGUGCACCCGCUGCGCUCUCUGGUGCUGCUGGGCCGGAGGCAGACCUGCCUGCUGUGCGUGGCGGUGUGGGUGGCCACUCUACUCCUCAGCAUACCUGUUUCCACCAUGGGUCUAAUCCAGACCUGCCCCGGGAGCAACCGCACCAUCUGCACGCUGUACAUACUGCUGAGUGAAACCGGUGAGACCCUCCCUUAUUCCCUCUUUUGUACCAUCGUCGGCUUCCUCUUCCCGCUGCUCUCCAUCUGUUACUGCGGCCUGCGCAGCGUCAGGGAGCUGCGCCUCCGGCCCUGCCGCCCCGACCCGCACAACAAGCAGCGGCGGCUCCGGCGGGUGCUCUGCUCAGCGCUGGUUUUCUUCGCCAUGUUCUACCUGCCCUACCACCUGAGCCGCAACGCUGCCAUCGUGAUGCGCGCGAUCUACCCCGACAGCCCCGCCUCCUGGCGGCACGCGGACCUGGCCUUCGCCCUGGAGAUGUGCAUCUGCAGUCUCAUCACCUGCAUUAACCCUCUCUUCAGCUGCUUCAUGGGCCGCCAGUUCAGGAGGGAGUUUCACAGCAUUUUUAGCGUCGUGUUUUCUCAGUGUCCGGGCACGCGGCUGGCCUCGGUGAUAUCUAAGAGGACCCGGAUGACGGUAAGGCACAGGCAGGGCAUGUCUACUGUCACACCUGAGUGCGCACUGCCUGCGCCUGGAUCCUAA